AUGGCAGAGAUGAGUCGGUCGACGGGUGGAGACGUGGGUUUACGGGACGCCGAAGAGCCCCAGGUUUCAGCAGCAGCAGCAGCAGCAUCGUCACCACAACAACAAUUACAGACACUUUCCGAUGCGGUUGAGCUGGACGAACUGUCGCCAGAUAGGCCGUCGUCCAAGGCGCUGGGCAAAGCACCGGCCAUCUCUGCCACGAUGCCCGCGCAGGACUCGUUGACGAUCGACCUGGCGGACCCGGACCUAGAAGCGGCCGUCGACGGGGACCCGGUUGUGAAUAUCUUGUUGCUGCAGACGUCGUCUAGUUCCCGACAUCCCUUCCGCAUCGACGAAAAGUACCUGGCCAAACGCAAUGUCAACAUCACUGGCAAGACGGACGAUGGCAAGGCGGAUCCGUUCAGCAUCACGGUCUAUACACUGAAGGAGCUGAUAUUGCGAGAUUGGCGGAAGGAAUGGGAUACACCGCCGAGGGAACCUGUCAGCAUACGAUUGAUAUAUUUUGGAAAGAUGCUGGAGGAUCGACAGACACUGACUAAUUACAACUUUAGCAAAACCUCCAAGAAUGUAGUGCACAUGACGGUCAAACCGCAAGAGAUUGUCGACGAAGAAGAGGCUACUAAGAGGGUUAAGGAUUCUAGCCACCACUCUGGUAGGGGCGGAUGUUGCAUCAUCUUAUGA